AUGGCCACGACCUCAGGUGAACACGGCAGAGGGAAGCACGAACCCCAAUACGAGCUUCCAACCGCUGAAACGCUCAGAGAAGCAGGCGACCUCAUUGUAAAAGACGAGAAAGGCAACGAAGUCCUAUUCAAGUCCUUGUACGAGGACAGAAGUGGCUCUCAGAAUCUCACAAUUUUCAUCCGUCAUUACUUCUGUGGUUCCUGCGAAGAUUACAUCCGAACCAUAAGCCAGGAGCUACCACCGUCCCUCCUCUCGUCCAGCACGCCCAGGACCAACCUGACCAUUAUCGGCUGCGGCGACGUGACCCCCAUACCCUCCUGGCGCACCCGCACCAUGCACAACAUCCUUGGCGCAGACACCGGCUUCCCGGUCUACACAGAUCCUUCGCGCAAACUAUACGCUAAACUAGGCAUGCUCUCCAGCAUGAGCACCGGAGACAGCACACCAUCGUAUGUGAAGCAAGGGCCGGUGAAGACGGCUUUGCUCUCCAUGAAGGCCGCCAUGAUGGAUCCGACGAAUGUCUUUUCCGGCGGUAGUCCAUCGCAGCUGGGUGGCGAGAUGUUGUUUGUGGAGGGUGAGGUGGUGUGGUUCAAGCGGAUGCGGCAUGCGCAGGACCAUGCGGAGGUGGCGGAGUUGAAGGAGGUGCUUGGGUUGCAGUGA